GUCAUAGUUGUGAGGCCUUCCUCUCAGAAGUGUUUAUUUUUAGCUCUCAGCUAUGAUCCGUCUUUAUCUGGACCGGGGCAAUUGUGCCAGAGUGUGAGAUUGUGUUCUUCUCUCACUGGAGUUCACAAUAAAAAGAGAGAAAAAAACCUACACGGCACAUUUAAGAAAAAAAAACAAAACAGUUCAAUGGGAAACUACAAAUCCAGACCAUCUCAGACAUGCACAGAUGAGUGGAAGAAGAAAGUGAGCGAGUCGUACUCUGUGAUCAUUGAGAAGCUGGACGACGACUUCCAGCUUCCAGAAAGUGCUCUGGCAGACCUCCACCUUGCUUUCAGCUCCGACGAGGCUUUCCAGAAGGUGAACGUGAACUACCGAACGGAGAAGGGGCUGUCGCUGCUGCAUCUCUGCUGUGUGUGUGGAGGAAAUAAAGCUCACAUGCGUACCCUGAUACUCAAAGGCCUGCGUCCUUCCAGACUCACCAGGAAUGGCUUCACUGCACUCCACCUGGCUGCUUACAAGGACAACGCUGAGCUGGUGACUGAACUCCUGCAUGGCGGGUCAGACGUGCAGCAGGUGGGAUACGGGGCCCUCACAGCUCUGCAUGUUGCUACAUUGGCUGGGCAUCAUGAGGCUGCUGACAUACUCCUACAGCAUGGAGCUUUUGUCAACGUUCAGGACGCUGUGUUUUUCACUCCGCUACAUAUUGCCUCCUACUAUGGCCACGAGCAGGUUGGAAAGCUGCUGCUGAAGUUUGGGGCAGAUGUGGACGCCAGCGGUGAGGUGGGGGACCGGCCGCUGCACCUGGCGGCGGCCAAAGGCUUUCUUGGCAUCAUAAACCUGCUGGUGGGAGACGGUAGCAAAGCUAAUGUAAAUGCCCGAGACAAUGAAGAACACGUUCCUCUCCACUUCUGCGCCCGUUUUGGUCACCAUGAGAUCGUUCAUUUUCUUCUCGAAGGCAGCGGCGAAGUUCAGCCCCAUUCUGUCAACAUCUACGGGGACACACCGCUGCACCUGGCUUGCUACAAUGGCAAAUUUAGUGCGGUGAAGGAGAUGAUACAGCUUUCUGGUACGGAAAGUUUCUUAAAGGAGAACAUUUUCAGUGAGACGCCACUUCACAGUGCUUGUACUUACGGCAAAGACCUGGAGAUGGUCAAAUUCCUGCUGGGCCAGAACGCCAUGAGCAUCAAUCAUCAGGGCAGAGAUGGCCACACAGCUCUUCACAGUGCCUGUUUCCAUGGCCACAUCCGCCUGGUACAGUUUCUGCUGGACAACGGGGCCGACAUGAACCUCGUGGCCUGUGAUCCCAGCAGGUCCAGCGGGGAGAAAGACGAGCAGACUUGCCUGAUGUGGGCUUACGAAAAAGGUCACGAUGCCAUCGUCACCUUACUUAAACACUACAAACGUCCAGAUGAUUCCCCUUGUAAUGAAUACUCCCAGCCAGGAGGGGACGGCUCCUAUGUGUCAGUGCCAUCUCCGCUUGGAAAAAUCAAAAGCAUGACUAAAGAAAAAGCUGAAGUGCUUGUGCUCCGGGCCAGCCUCCCAUCUCACUUCCACCUUCAGCUGUCUGAGCUGGAGUUUAAUGAAAUUAUCGGAUCGGGCUCCUUUGGGAAAGUCUACAGAGGCAAAUGCAGAAACAAAAUUGUCGCCAUAAAACGGUACAGAGCCAACACGUACUGCUCAAAGUCUGAUGUGGACAUGUUCUGCAGAGAGGUUUCCAUCCUCUGUCGCCUCAAUCACCCCUGUAUCAUCCAGUUUGUGGGAGCGUGCCUGGAUGACCCCAGUCAGUUCGCCAUCGUUACCCAGUACGUCUCUGGAGGCUCGUUGUUCUCCCUGCUGCAUGAGCAGAAGAGGCUCAUCGACCUGCAGUCCAAGCUCAUCAUUGCCAUCGACGUGGCCAAGGGCAUGGAGUACCUGCACAACCUCACCCAGCCCAUCAUCCACCGGGACCUCAACAGUCACAAUAUCCUGCUCUAUGAGGAUGGACAUGCAGUGGUGGCUGAUUUUGGAGAAUCAAGAUUUUUACAAUCGGUCGAUGAAGAUAACCUGACCAAGCAGCCAGGGAACCUGCGAUGGAUGGCUCCUGAAGUGUUCACCCAGUGCACCCGCUACUCAGUGAAGGCAGACAUGUUCAGCUACGCCCUCUGCCUGUGGGAGCUGCUCACUGGAGAAAUCCCUUUUGCACACCUGAAGCCAGCUGCUGCUGCUGCAGACAUGGCUUACCAUCACAUCCGGCCUCCUAUUGGCUACUCGAUCCCCAAACCCAUCUCUGCUCUUCUCAUGAGAGGCUGGAACUUCUGCCCAGAAGACAGGCCUGAAUUCUCUGAAGUGGUUUCCAACUUGGAGGAAUGUCUGAGCAACAUAGAGUUGAUGUCUCCGGCCUCCAGCAACAGCAGCGGCUCCCUUUCGCCCUCUUCCUCCUCUGACUGUCUGCUGAGCCGAGGAGGACCCGGUCGAAGUCACGUGGCUGCCCUGCGCUCUCGUUUUGAGCUGGAGUACGCUCUCAACACCCGUGCCUACGCCUUCUGGACUCAGAGUGAGCGCCGCAGAGCUUCUGGUGGACUUUCACUGGAGGAAAUCAGGAGGAACAUGCAGUUCUCUCCCAUUGAUCGAAAUGGGUAUGUUUCUGAUCCCAUGAGCACCAUGAGGUUCCGCUCGUCCUUCAGCAGCAGCGGCAGCUUUGAAGACAAUAGCUGAGCUGUUGAUCAUUUUCUGGGUUUUGUGAAAUCACUGUAGAUAAUGUUGCGGAGGCGUGCAGAAGAUGGGAUUUUUUGCUGGUUUAUUGCAAAUUUAAAGUUUGUUUCUCUUUUAUAUGUGCGGUGUUUUAGUUUUAUGUCUUUGCAUAUGAUUUAGAACAAAUGCUGGAAUAUUGUAAACAGUUUGGUUUUUGUCAAUAAAAAAAAGUAGCAGCCACUUUCAA